AUGGAAGGGACUGAUCCAGAGCCUAUGAUUCAAAAAGCAUAUGAACAAGAAAAUAUACGAUUGACUGCAGAAAACAAAAAAUUAAGAGAGCAGCUUUCUUCUGGUGAAUCUGAUGUGAAAAAAACUAAUGCAGAUUUAAGGAAGAAAAUUAUCGAAUUAGAGAAUCAAAUUAGCAUGUCAGGUGAUAUUACACAACUAAAAGAAGAAUAUGAUGCCUAUGUUAAACAAUCAAAAUCAGAAAUUUUAAAUCUUAAACAACAAAAUCACGAAUUGGAAGUUGAAUUACAAAAAUAUCGUCAACAAGCAAAUCAAAAGCCAAACACAACACAGACAAAAUUAGAACAAUGGGAUACAGAUGAAGAACAAAAUAAAGCAAUAAAUCAUUUGAUUGAGAACUUAAAACAAGCAUACCAACGCCAAAGUGGUACAGAAGAAGCAUUAGAACAGCUUGCUGCUAUUAUUGAUCCUGAAUGUAUUGUUACUAACGAUAAAAAUCAGAAAAACCAGCCAACACCUGCUCCAAAAACAAAGAUUCCUGUUAGAGGAGAAACUCCUGUACGUGAAACACGCAAACCAGACCCUCCUGCUCCAAAACCACCCAAGCAAAUCAGAAAUUAUCAACCUCCUGUAUCAAAUCAGAAUUCUCAGAAGGUUAAAGAGUUAGAAAACAAGAUUUCCGAGCUUACUAAAAAGCUUGAAGAGGCAAACAAAGAAAAUACUGCAAUAAAGAACAGAAAUAAAGAAAGAGUUUCGAAAUCUAAAGUUUUACAAACACAACUUGAUGAUGCAAACACUAAAUUGAUAGAAGCCAAUAAGCAACAUAUGAUAGAAGUUAGUGAAAUGCAGAUUAAAAUGAAAACAAUGGAAGCAGAAUUGAAAAUUUUGCAAUCUAAUGCUGAUUACAGAACAGAAUGCGAAGAACUGAAAGUUAAAGUUGCAUCUCUUGAAGCACAGAAUGCUGAACUAUUAAAACCAAAGUCAACAGGCGAUCCGAAAUCCGAUAGAGUUCUUGAUGCGAUUAUGAGAAUGGAAAGCGAUAUAAGACAGAGACAAAUAGCUUUAUCCAGAGUAACUAAUGAUUUAGAAGAGCAGUGGGAAACAGAAAAAAGAAUGAUUGAAAAACAGCAUAAACGCGAGCUUGAGGAUAAGAACAUAGAAAUCCAAAAGGUCAAGGAAGAAAUUGCAGACAUUCAGGCUCAGUUAAGUGCAGGAAAUCGUAGAGGAAAAUAUUAA